AUGACCGGCGUGUAUAGGCUCCCAGGCCCCAGGGCCCUGCACUCCGUCUCCUACACCCAGGGGUGUGUACCAGCCGACGCCGUGGUAGUGCCUUCCUGUUACGGUGUCUGGACGGGAGGGGAGGCAGCGCCGCCGUUCAGUGCAGAGCUGAAGGGUCCUCCCGAUGCUGUUAACGGCGUCUCGUUGGCAGCGUCGGGCGCGAAGAGCCAGCGUGUCGGUGACAAGGUCACGGGUCCCACAGCGGCUGCUCCGGGACCCUCUCCUCCCGCUCCCUCGGGGGCCCCCAGCACCCCAGUCUCCUCCUGUGGCUCCCACCCCAGCAACCUUGUCUACAGCCCUGCCCUCUGUGCCCCCAGCCCCUGCCCACAGGGCCCCUCUCUCCACAGGGGCUUCCAGGAGACCUGCUGGGAGCCCCCCAGCUGCCGGACACCCUGCUCUCUGGGCUGUGGGUCCCCUAGAUUCAGGCCCCUGGGUGACGGGGUCUGUGGGUUCCCUCCCCUGAGCUAUGGGUCUGGGUUCUGCCACCCCAACGGCUUCGCCUCCAGCGGCUGCUGA